AUGCCACCCUGGCAAAAAGAUAAUCCGUCAUAUAACCAAGAAGAUUUUGCUAAAAAAUUUGAUAUAUCAAAAUUGCAAGUUUGUAAUAUAUUAAAAGAAAAGGAAAAAUGGACAUCUAUUGAUAUUUCAAAUAAGAAAGUUAAAAAUCAAAAAUGGAAUAGAGAUGCUAAAUUUUCAGAAUUUGAAUCUGCAUUAUAUUUGUGA